AUGUCAAGAUCAACGCUCGUCAUAGGUGAUGCCAUUAAAAAUCGAGGCUCGCGACACCUGCUUUCGAACGAUGUCGAGAUCCCCGAUGAGCGUAUCCAGGACAUCGUCCGUGACGCCGUCCUCCACUCACCUACCCCUUUCAACUGCCAGUCCGGUCGGGCUGUGGUGCUUCUGAAGGAAGAGCACAAGAAAUUCUGGGACAUAGCUCAUGAUGUCGCCAAGGCCAGCCACGCACCGCCGAUCUUCGAGAAGGCAUUUGCGCCACGUAUUAAGAUGUUCCGCGCAGCAUACGGAACGAUCCUAUUCUACGAGGAUUCUAACGCGCUGAAAGUAGCGGAGGGGAAGAUGCCCAUCGUGAAAGAAAAGAUGCCUCAAUGGUCGGAACAUGCAACUGGGAUGCUGCAAUAUGCCGUUUGGACAAUGCUGACCGCAGAGGGCCUGGGGGCCAACCUGCAGCAUUAUAAUCCAAUGGUAGAUUCCGCAGUGGCCAAACAGUGGGACAUCCCAGAGGAUGGAGCCUAA